AGGUGCAAAUGCUCUAUGUUGAAGAAACAAGAAAGUACAGUUUGCAAUGGAUACUAGUUGAAUCGCAAAUAAGCCAAACAUCAACUGCAUGGACGGUCUGGCCAAAAGCAGCCGGCUCAACAGACAAGGCUCUCGAGUGAGGCGCCACCGUAGCCAAGAAUGGCAGGAUUACAGCAGCUCAGACAACGAGGAGCACCAUCAUAUUGAUGCCAGAGGAUAUCGUUAUCCUCCUAAUAAUGAAACAUACGACGAUCAAAGAGCAGCAGAUGUCCGAAAGCAUGCUUUCGAUCGUGGUCGAGGGCGUGGUAACGGCAACGGGCGUUCAUAUAGCCACAGCAGCAUGGAGUUACUUACAGGUCGAAACUAUUUCAGUGGAUCAGACGGCGAGCUGGAAGUCGUUGGCGACGCAAUUGUAUAUCCUUCAGGAGCUCCUCCUUCCAUGAACACUACACCUCCAUUACAAACUCAAGGCAAAUAUCCCGGCUAUGGUACUUUACCAAGACAGCCGAUCCAAGCUGGAACAAGGGAACAACAGCAAUCUCCUCAUCCCAGCCAACAACCUCCAGCAGGAAGAGAAUCCCGUAGUGGUUCAGUUACUGGUUUGCAAGGGGGUGCAGCUAAUACUUCAAGGGGUCGAAUGUCGUUAUCUCUCAGAAGAGGGCCAUCUUCUUCCUCUACGUCUGACAAUAAUUCUGAUGCCACCUUUACGGACACAGAGUUUAAUGCUCGUAGAAGAAGCGGAUUACAAAGUCAAAGUGUGUUUGGUGAAAGUCCGCCUGAGCCAGCACCUCCAGCUGUACCCCCUAGGAAUAUGAAUUCCAUGCACCCUAUGGAAACACUCGGACGUCGAGCUCGACUGGGGUAUCUAGAAAGCGAAUGCGAAUCCGAACCUCCAUAUUUGCCCACAAUGCUUACAUCAACUCUUAACGCUUAUGCUUCACAAGAUUUGAAUUCUAGUUCAAAUGUGUCGAAAUCUCAUCUAGAAGAACCACCAGAAGACGAAUCGGAACUUCUCAAUAGUGUAAACAGAAUUGCUUCAUCAGACAAUGAACGGAUAUAUUCACCUCAUCAACAACCAACGCCGUUACCUCGAUGUGACACCACAGCUGCCAGUGGCCCACCGCCGCCUAGCAAAGAUCUACAAACUGUUGGAAGUCUUCAUUCUUCAACUACAGUCACAACAACUAUCUCUGCUACGACAAAUAACAGCACGAGUUCCAGCGCUACUGGAGCAACUUACAGCAAUCCAAUUCCUGUCUUCUGUAGUACACCUAGUUCCACGACUGGUCCUAUGGUACCCAUUGCUAAUUGUGUUAAUCCACAACUAAUACAACCACCAACAGCUCCCCCAACAUCUGGGGGCAGGAGGCCUUUUAUGGCUACUACAUCCGCCUUCUCUGCAUCAGCAGCAAUGGCUUCAUCAAGGUUCCACUUUCGAAAGAAUUGCACAAGGAAAUGCACAUGGAAAAUUGCAACUAUUGUGCUUGGAAUUAUUGCAGUAGUACUGUCUUCUUGCGUUGCUUAUUUUGCAGCUGUAGGUGGAAUAAGAGAUGGUGUGGAUGGCAACACUCCGUGUAUAGUAGUUGAAGAUGGACGAUCUCAAGGUGGAGCUACCGGAACUCCUUUAUCUUUACUAACUAAAGAUGUGGGCCGUGUGAUCACUCCUCAGCCAGUGUGUGUGGUUGUCCCGCGAGAUGUUUCUGAAUAUGAAGAAUUACCACCAGGCGUAGAAGAUUCUAGAACUCUCCAACCACAAGAAUCAUGGAAUACAUUUUUCAGCCACCCAGAAGCUUCUUUCGUCAGGUUGAAUUUUUCAGUACCACACGGUUCUCGGUUAGCACUCUUGGCGAGGAAAAAUGAUCCUCCAUCUAUAACCUCCUACGAUAUCAUGGAAGUUAUUGGCGAUGAAUUACGGCGAUAUGUUAGAGCUACUCUG